AUGUUAUUUGAUGCUACGGCUGUUCCAUCUGUGAAGGUCCCUGAGCGCCACCGCAGCCCGGCAGAAGAGGAAGGGUCACGCUGUGAAUGGUCCUACGGGUUGACUAUGGGAGAGCGGAUGGGCUUGUGUAUCACAUGGUGGACUAGGUCAUACUCGGUUCCGCGAGUUGAUAUCGGUAUCAACCGAGACCCAGCCAACAACACCAUCCUGACCACUUGGUGGGGCAUUUACGAGAAAUAUAAGCGAAGAGAAACCUGGGUAUCGGUGCAACCGACAUCAAGCGGCAGCACGGCGCAGCGCGCGCUUGCAGAACGCCAAGCGCACGCGCCGCACGCUCUUCAAAAACUCGGCAUUGCAAUAGAAGGAACCUGGCGAGGGCAAGCUCGCUACCACUCAAGCGGCGUGAUGUCAGGUGCGCAGGGGAACUGGUUCAAGGUUCUGGAGGUCGCGUGGGGCCGAUGGUCAUGGAGGACGGAGGACGGGGGUGACGGAGCCGAGAUGCAUGGACGGCGGCUAGACGCCAAGAGGACGGGGCGGGCCGGGCAUGUGCCGCGCCUAGGCAGGGAUGGAAAGGAAACAGGAGACUAUUUAGGCGGCUGGUCACCCAAACCAGUCUCCUGUAUUAUUUCCUCCCCCACUGGCGCCCUUAUCUGGGUAUUCAAGCCGACGUAUGACUUGAGCGUGGCAAUGGCGGACGGCGAGGUGUUUUUGAGCCUGAUGGGCAGUAUUUGA